AUGGCUUUUCUCCAGCGCUUCCUGGCGAGGGAGAACAAGUUCGAAGUCGAGGGCAAGUUAGUACUUGUGGCUGGAGGAUCGACAGGACUGGGCAAGCAGAUGGCCCUGGAGUUAGCUGCGAAGGGGGCUAAUCUCCUCCUACUGGCCCGGUCAGAGACCACCCUGCGUCAUACACAGCGGGAAGUGCAGAAAGCCUGCGCAAAAACAAAGCAGAUCGUGGAUGCCAUCCCGGUAGAUCUGACGCAGCCAAAGGAGAUCCAUCGCGUUCUCAACCACUAUCAUCCCCCGGAUAUCCUCAUCUGUACUGCCGGAGGCACGCCCAGUGAAGUCGGGUUUCUCGCUGACAUCUCCCCGGGCGCCAUCACCUCCUGCAUCGACCAAAACUACUACUCGGCUGUCUUCAUCGUACAAUAUUGUCUGAAACUAUGGCUGGCGGCUCCUCCUACGCCCUCCCCGCGACAUAUCCUCCUGACGUCCUCGUUGUCUGCCUUCGUCGGUGUCCCCGGUUACAUUGCCUACACGCCCACCAAGGUCGCCAUCCGAGCGUUGGCGGAUACGCUGCGUCAGGAACUGCUGAUGUACAAUGACCAUGCAGUUAAAGUGCAUGUGAGCUUUCCCGGGAACUUCCUGACGGACUCGUUCCUUGAGGAGCAGGGGAAUAAGCCGCGUCUGACGAAGACGCUUGAGGGGACGGACGGGUCUCGAAUGGAGCUUGAACAGCGCUUGCCGACGGCGAAUACCGUCGCGAAGAAGGUCAUUCGGGAAUUGGAGCAUGGGAAGACUUACAUUCCGGUCGACUGGAAGGGGGAGUUGCUUCUGAAUAAUAUGCGUGGACCGAGUCCUCGGUUCUGGACACUGUGGGAGCUUCUCUUGGGAUUGGUGGCUGUUGCUACGUGGUGGGUGGUGCGUAUGGAUUUUGAUCGCAAGUCGAGGAGGUUUUCGUCAGCCCGGGGAGAGAAUGUGUAA